CGGCCGUUAGUGGGCCAGCCCAGACCUGGCUGUGGUUUCGUAAGCAGCGAGAGCUGCAGUACACUAUAAAGCUACUGCUGAUCAAACCGGGUGACUGUCGUCAUCCUCCAGAGCGCACAAAGCACGCAGUAGCCUAGUCAAAUUUCACCGGCGGAUAACGGACACCGGACAGGACAUUCCUCUUCAUAAUGGAGUUGUUCCCAGGGCUGGUGAUGCUGGUGGCUCUAAUGGUUUCAGUUGGUGCUGAAGGCGGCGUCGGCCCCAGCAACAACUCCAGUUUCUGCUCCGAGUCAAAGGAAUGUCUGGAGUAUGAGCUGGUGUGCAAAACAGAUGAAUAUGAGGUCCGUCACUACAGUCCUACUCGUUGGGUGUCUACGGAUGCGGAGGCCUACUUCAUGGGGGUGGGAGCAGCCAUGGCCUUCAGGAGACUGUUCCAGUACAUCACUGGGGCCAACAACGGAGGUCUCCAGAUGGAGAUGACUGCUCCAGUCCUGGUGAGGAUCCCUGAGGAGACCAGGAUGUGGGAACCAGCCAUCUACACCCUCAGUUUCCUGCUUCCAGCGGCCUAUCAGGAGAGACCUCCCACACCUACCAAUGACAAGCUCUACUUUACUGAGAUGCCCUCUAUGGAUGUGUACGUGCGUAGCUACGGAGGCUGGAUGUUAUCAGUGAUGUUAUAAUGUUAUUGUUGGGAUGUCUCCUUCUCCAGCUCUACUUUACUGAGAUGCCCUCUAUGGAUGUGUACGUGCGUAGCUACGGAGGCUGGAUGUUAUCAGUGAUGUUAUAAUGUGUUGUUGGGAUGUCUCCUUCUCCAGCUCUACUUUACUGAGAUGCUCUCUAUGGAUGUGUACGUGCGUAGCUACGGAGGCUGGAUGUUAUCAGUGAUGUUAUAAUGUGUUGUUGGGAUGUCUCCUUCUCCAGCUCUACUUUACUGAGAUGCCCUCUAUGGAUGUGUACGUGCGUAGCUACGGAGGCUGGAUGUUAUCAGUGAUGUUAUAAUGUUAUUGUUGUUGGGAUGUCUCCUUCUCCAGCUCUACUUUACUGAGAUGCCCUCUAUGGAUGUGUACGUGCGUAGCUACGGAGGCUGGAUGUUAUCAGUGAUGUUAUUGUUGGGAUGUCUCCUUCUCCAGCUCUACUUUACUGAGAUGCCCUCUAUGGAUGUGUACGUGCGUAGCUACGGAGGCUGGAUGUUAUCAGUGACCUCCAGGCUUCAUGCUCACCUACUGACCAAGGAGCUGGCCAGGGUCCAGGCUGACUACAACCACACCUACCACUACGGAGUGGGUUACGACAGUCCUCUGAAGCUGCUGAACAGACACAACGAGGUGUGGUACAUAGCUGAGGGAGAGGCUGUCUGCUCUGACCCCCAGGAACCAACCCCACCACACACACCUACCCCCACACACACACCCAACGCCACACCCAAUGCCACACACACACCCAAUGCUACACACACACUCAACACCUCACACACACCCAACGCCACACACACACCCAACACCUCACACACACCCAAUGCCACACACAUCCUCCAGCACCAUCUCUGACUCCCCUCAGAUCUCCCAGCCAACCGCCACCUACCCUCCCAGGCCCCCGAGGUGACCCCCUCUCAGGGCUCGGUGGUCGGGGAGACCCCCUCGGCCAACAGCUCUGACCCCCAGACGGACGGCCCCUGGAACAACACUGUGGAGGCCUCCCUGGAGGACACCCCCUCUGAUAACGCUGUCGCCGACCCCACUGACCUCAACCUGGCCUAGUCCUGCAAUACUAUACAUGACCCUGAACAGUAGAGGGGUACGGAGGGCUGCUGUGGUGAGAGAGCUCCUUCAGUUAGAUGUCCAUUUGGAAUUGGGCCCUUGCCUCAGUAUUUACUGUAAUACACCACGCCCCCUACUGGUGUCAUAUGGUUACUACACAUAUUAGCUUUAUUCACCUGCCGCUCACCUGUUAUCCAUGUUACCACACUGAUCUGUUAUCCAUGUUACCACACUGAUCUGUUAUCCAUGUUACCACACUGAUCUGUUAUCCAUGUUACCACACUGAUCUGUUAUCCAUGUUACCACACUGAUCUGUUAUCCAUGUUACCACACUGAUCUGUUAUCCAUGUUACCACACUGAUCUGUUAUCCAUGUUACCA